GGGUUUGGGGUGGGGGGGGAGGGGAGAGAAAAAGUGCGGCGGCUUUUUUAGGGUUUUUUAGGGUUUUGUGGUGGCCGAGGAAGCGCCCCCAAAAUCCCCAUCCUCUCUCGCUCGAUCUCGCAUUCGUGAGGACUACUUAAUGUAGCGAAGAAAACUUUGUGGGUUCUUUUCACUGCAUUUAAAUAAGCUAUGAUAGUUAUUUUGUUGAAGAUUCCAAAGGUUGGUUUUCAUUAACGAGUCGAUAAUGGCACUUGGUGGUAUGUCAUCACCAAAACAUUAGACGUAAAGAAAAGAAGUGCUGAUGCUAUGGAUGAAUCGGCAGAGACUACUGACAAAAAUGAUCAAUUAGAACCGAAAAUUGGUUUGGUAUUUCAUUCAGAGGACGAAGCAUACAAUUUCUACAACACAUACGCUAAGAGAAAGGGGUUCAGUGUAAGAAAAGACCAUCUGUCGCGAAGGAAAGAUGGGAGCAUUCGCUACCGCCACUACCUUUGCAGCAACGAAGGCACCCGCCACGAGCACCGUACUCAUGGACUUCGUAAAGGGCGCUCAAUUGAGAGGACCAACUGCCUUGCCCGGAUUGAGUUCAAAGUGAGCAACGAUAACAAAUGGGUCGUGAAUAAGUUUGUCGACGAACAUAAUCACCCGCUUGCGUGCCCGCAGAACUCCCACAUGCUGAGAUCCCAUAGAAAGAAACUACCAAUUCAACGAAAAGUAUUUACAGCAUCGGAUUAUUUCGGCGUAAAAGCAGUUCAAUUGCACAAUUCUCAGCAAGAGGAGGCACAUUGUGUCGAAGAUUAUACGGGAUUUACUCUCAAGAAUCCAGUCAAUUUCUUGAAAAUUAAACGGAUGAGAGAUUUGGAGGAGGGGGAUGCACAGUUCCUUUUGGAUUUCCUUAAAGCUAAGAAAUCCGACGACCCGUCGUUCUUUUAUGCCGUACAAAUUGAUGAACAGGAUUGCUUGACAAACUGCUUUUGGGCCGAUGCCCAAUCCAUUACUGAUUAUGCCUACUUUGGUGAUGCAGUUACAUUCGACACCACCUAUCGAAUGAAUAAGAAUGAAUUACCCUUUUCAGCAUUCGUCGGCACAAACCACCACAAACAAAUUGUUAUAUUUGGUUCUGCGUUACUUCUUGACGAAACCACAGAUUCGUAUAUCUGGCUGCUUAAAACUUUUUUGGCUGCGAUGAAUGGGAAACAACCAAAAACAAUUUUCACCGAUCAGUGUGAUGAUAUUUCAAAGGCGGUUUCCAUGACUUUGCCCGACACUUAUCAUCGGUUUUGUCUACGGCAUAUACUCUACAAUGCUCGACCGCAUAUUGGUCAAACAUUUCAGGAGUUCGAAAGAUUCUUUUAUGAUGUUCAAACAGAGGAAGAUUUUCGCAGAGAAUGGAACAGCUUGAUUGCUAACUCCGGUCUUCUUACUAGCUCGUGGUUGAAGGACUUAUAUGCGGCUCGAGAGAAAUGGGCUUUAGCUUAUUUAAGAAGCUCAUUUUGUUCGAUCAUGGCGACAAAGCAGUGGAGCGAAUAUAUGGAGAGCCUGUUCAAAUUUUAUUUCGAUAGGAAACUACCUCUUUCUAACUUUAUUUUCCAGUAUUUGAAGGCGCUGGUACGAAUUCGUGAUGGGGAAAUUCUCGAAGAUUAUGAAUCGGCUUUGACCAAACCGGUUUUGUUUGCUGACGUACCGAUGCUGAUCAAAGCAGCUGAAUCAUACACUAGGGCAAUUUACUCGGACUUCGAAUUGGAAUACAAGGGUCAACUUGCUUGUCUUUGCGAGCCAAUUGGUACCGACGGAAGUGUUUAUUCUUUCAGAGUUUACAGUUCCCAAAGGCAGUUCGAUGGAGUCGUCGAGUUCAGCCCCUCCGAUGCUUCAGUAAAAUGCAGCUGUAAGAAGUUUGAGACCGUCGGCAUCUUAUGCAUGCACGCAUUGAAAGCUCUCAACAACAACAACAUGCUUCAAUUACCGGCUCGAUAUUUACUAAAAAGAUGGUCCAAUAAUGCGAAAGAUGGUGCAUCAAAUGAGACCGUCGGCGGCUCUAGCAGUAGAUCUUUGGCAUUGCUUUAUAGUCGUGUUUGUCGGAAGGCAAUUGCGGUUGCGUUAAAAAGCGCGGUUUCGAAAGAUGCUCUCAAUAUUCUCGAGCACGGGCUCGAUAAGUUCAUUGAAGAAAUGGAGAAUGUGUUGCAUAAAUCCUCCUAAAAGUAGUUGAACAGGAGGAUAUGAAAAGAUUUUCUUUUCUUUUCUUUUAAUUUUACAUCAAACAUGCCAAUUUGAGGGGAGUUUACAUUGUGGCUAGAUGAGCUCUAAGCUGUUGUAAUCCAUUUUUACCAUCAUUUGUAUGUAUAUUUCUAUCUUUAACUACACUUGAUUACUUUCAUUUAAUCACAAUAUUUCCUUUUUUGA